AUGGCGGCCAUUGAUCCUGAGGGCUGCCAGCUUGUUGAAGUUCCGAUGGAUGCGAAUGGAGCCAUUGUCGUGCAAGAUCCCAGUGGACUUAUUGCUGGGGGACAGGUGCAAGUGGGUGGAAUUGUUCAGACUGGCAAAAGUAUUUUGAAACCUGAACUCGCUCAGCAUCUCAUUCAGCCUGUUGGCAUUCGAUCUGUCAUCGAUCCGAGAGUAACCCAAUCGGUACAACGUGGUGGGAGAGCUCCUGCGAGGAAAUCUUUGGGAUCAGCUCAGGGUCUGCAGGUUCUACAAGGUGCUCAGCUGAUUCAACAGCCUUCGGUUAUUGCUCCGUCCGCAUCGGGUUUACUUUCACUGGGUACUCGCUACACACCAUCAUCUGGUAUUCCUCUUAGUGUCGCCACUGGUGCUGGCGGGGCCGGCGGCAUUAUUAAUUCACAAGGCAAUAUUUUUACCAGUGGAACAGCGAUGGUCACCACCGCUGGAACUGGUGUGGAUCGGGAUGCCAGUUAUCGUUUCGCCGCGAUCACGGGUGCUAGCAACAGAGGCAGGCCUCGUGGUCGUCGGCCACUCAGGGGUCAGUUUCCCGUUGUGCCUAUUGACAUGGUCCGUCAGCUGGGUAUCGAACAGCAAGUAAUUUUGCAGCCGGCGGCUCCAGUUGCCAUGCGAAACAAGGCAGUUCUCUGCCGUCCACUCUCUGUGUCGCGGAAGACUCAGUCAGGUAUUCACUCUCGUGAUGCCGAGUGUCAGUUCUCCGCUGAGGAAGAGGCUCUGGCUUCAAGGCACGAUGAGGAUGUGGAAGAGGAUGAGAUGAUGGUUGUUGAGGAGCCGACUGUCCCAGCCAAGAAGGAAGUGGACGAAGACGGGGAUUUGGUCGAAGAGGAAGAAGAGGAGGUCUUUUCGGAUAAAAACGACUCCGAUAUGGAAGAUAGUGGGGAGGCUAACAGUCAAGCCAUUAGAAGGAAUGAGGUUGGGGCAAACACAGAGGCUCCAUCCACAUGUCACCUGGGCACUCAAACGGACGAGCCAUUGAAAUGCACAAAGGAAGAGCAGUACUCGGAGGAAGGUGUGAAUGAGGAAGUGAAGUCAGAUGAAGAGACGAAGGCCACAUACGUUCCCGUCCCAGUUCCUGUACCGAUUUAUGUUCCUGUGCCUGUUUUUGCGUAUGCUCGUCCAGUUCCAUUCACAUUGCCCUUCCCCCUCCCCUGUGUGAUACCCUUGCCUCUCUUGCUAAAGGGUAAAGAGGUGUCUAGUGUUGUUGAUUCUGCCGUUGCUGUCACUGCUGCUGCCACACUGAUGAAGCACAAACCUGAUCCAGAUGCCAAUUCUGCAACCUCGGAGUCAAGUCAAAUGGGAGCAGAGGGAAUUGCUUUAAAGACCGUAUCCCAGAAGCGUUCGGCUAAGGAAUUGUUAGACUCGUCUGCUGAUGUUGCUUCACCUACUUCCGGACAGCAAGGUCUUCCCAGUAAGCGACUUCGUCGGACUGCGGAAACGGCGGCGACGACA